UAUUAUUCCUUUCUUUUAACCCCCCCUGCUAUUAUUACAAACCUGUUUAUCGCUCACAUUUCUCACAAAAUUAUCUCUGUGACUCUCUUUGCUCCUCUUCUCUCACAUUUUCCUCAAUUCCCCUGGCGAGUUUUCUUCCGAAUGGCUAGACCCGAUCAGGAAGCCAUCGAGACCUUCAUGAGCAUCACUGGCGCCUCUCAAGCCGAAGCUAUUCAGAGACUUGAGGAACAUUUUGGGGAUCUUAAUGCAGCCAUUAAUGCUCAUUUCAGUGAAGGAGAUAGAAACACAAGACAUGAUGAACCCCUAUCUGUUGCCCCUCUUCCUGAAGAUGAUAUUAUGGAUAUCGAUGGACCAAACCCAAUUGACACUUUUAGACCUCCAUUUUCACUUUUACCCUCUGCUUUAAACUCAAAUCCAUUUUCUCUUCUUGAACCUAACUUCACCCGAAGUAUAUUUGGUGGUGGUUCAAGUUUUACAAGAACUGCACCAUUGGUUUCACAUCCAAGAGAAGUCAGGGAGAUUCCAAUUGAGGUGAAGGAUGGGCAUUCAAGUCAUUCUGGAAGGGCUCUUGCCAUUGAGGAUGUAACUGACAGUGAGCAUGCUCAUGGCCCUGAAGUCAAUGGGACUGUCAUAAUUGAUGAUGAAGAUAUUGAAAUCCCAAAUGUUCCAAGCGCUCAAACUUUUACACAUCAUGAUGACAUAUUUGGUGAUGUUUCUACUGUAGCCCAUCACAGACCAAGUGCCCCUGGAUUCAAUGUUUUACCUGACUCCAAUAAUGAUAUAGAAGAGGAAAUGAUUCGUGCAGCAAUUGAAGCUUCCAAAAUGGAUGCUGAAUUGUCCAACAAAAGAGUUGAUGACCAAAGUGGUACAAGAGUUGCUAUAUCUCAUCAUGGUCAUGCUCCUGACGAGGAUGCUAACCUUGCACAUGCUGUUUCACUUUCACUAAAGGAUGCAGAGCUGGAGAAAGCAAAACUUGAACAAGAAAGGAAGGGCAUAUCUGAUCCAGGGAAGUCGACUUCUUCAACGAGGAGGUUAGCACGAGGAAAUUCAUAUAUUGAUGAUGAAAUUGAAGAUAAGGAAGCAGAACCACUGGUGGGACGCAGGAGUAAACGUGCAUCUUCCUCUUCUAUUGGCACCUAUAGAAAUGCAGACACUGAGGUGAGUCCAGUUUCAAGUCCUACACACGGCGACACUCUUAGCCAUGCACAGCACACUGGAUCUGAGUACCACACUGAUGAGUGGGGUGGCAUUUCAUCCGAGGAACAUGAUGAAGCUGUCAUGCUUGAGGCUGCAAUGUUUGGUGGUAUACCUGAGGGUAGUGGGUAUCGUCUACCAAAUGUGGCACACCAUUUUAUGCAGGAUGGUUCAGAUAGAUCAGUGGGGCCUGUUCCUUUGCAAACACCUCGCCAACCAUCUCCAACCCUUGUGGCUCAACGUUUAUUACGAGAACAACAGGAUGAUGAGUAUCUUGCUGCAUUGCAAGCUGAUAAGGAGAAGGAAUUGAAGGCGAAGCAAGAAGCUGAAGCUGCUCUUGUGGAAGAGAGGCGGAAGGAGGAGGAAUCAUUAAAGAAGUUGGAGGAGGAACAGGAAACUGAGAGACAAUUAGCAGCCAAAGAAAGUUCCCUACCUCACGAGCCAGCUUCUGAUGAUGAGAAUGCCGUUAAUCUUGUUGUAAGGAUGCCCGAUGGCAGUCGGAGAGGCCGGCGGUUUCUUAAAUCCAACAGACUGCAGUGUCUGUUUGAUUUCAUUGAUGUUGGAAGGAUGGUGAAGCCCGGCACUUACAGAUUGGCAAGACCAUACCCAAGGCGUGCAUUUAGCAGUGAGGAGAGUUGCUCAACUCUGAAUGAACUAGGCUUGACCAGCAAACAAGAAGCAUUGUACCUGGAGCUGAUAUAGACUACCUUGUAAAGUUCUUCAUUCACUUGCAAGACCUAGGUUCUACGCAAGAUAUAUAAUAUAGGCUAAAGGAUGGGAGUGAUUGGUGGGUGGUGUGGAACAUGUGAAUCAAUGUAAUCAAUUAUCUGGCUGGUUGGCUACUCACGCAUGACCAUGCUGAUCUAAACAGAUUGUUUUCUUUUUGUGAUUUGUGUUGUCUGAUGAAUUGUUCUGUUACAAUUCAUGAUAUUAUGAUAUUAGUUGACUAGUUACUGCAUUUUGGUUUAAAAAAUGCUAUUUUCAGUGAUCGGGGUCGCCGCCUA